GGGCGCCAGCCCGCAGCGCAGCAGACGAAAUAAGAUGCUGUCCAAAGUGAUCCUGGUUAGCCUGCUGGCGUGCGCCGCGCAAGCCGUUCUCAACGAGCCUUGCGACCCCAACACUGCCGGGGCUUGCGGCGAUGUCCUCAAUUCGAUCUGCGACCCCACAUCCCUGACCUGCGUGUGCGAUGAUCGCUACCUGGCCACCUCCACCGGCGGCUGCGACGGCGUCAUCGGACGCUCCUGCUCCAUCGACUUCGGCGCUACUUGCAACAAAGUUCCUUACGCUCUGUGUCUUGGUCCUACUUGCGAGUGCACCAACGAGUACCUGACCAGCGACUCGAAGACCGCCUGCCUGACUACUGUGUACAACACACACUGUCUCGAAGACGCUCAGUGCGCCGGCCUUGGCGAGUCAAUUUGCGUCAACGAACGGUGCGUGUGCAAGGACGGUUUCGUCUCCAACGGAAAGGCUGAGUGCCUGCCUGUUGCCACUGACUUGAACGUGCCCUGCGACACCGACGCCCAGUGCCUGGCUUACGACCCUCAUGCUGAGUGCAUCCUCACUAUUCUUGGAAACAGGUGCCGUUGCCGCGGAGGAUGGGUUCACAACCUGUUCAACAACGCUUGCAUCGACAGUGCCCACAAGGUCGGUGACUCCUGUGGCGUCCAGGAACAGUGCACCAACUUUGACGAAAACGCUCAGUGCGCUCAGGGCCAGUGCGUCUGCAACGACGGCUUCGUAGGAUCUUUGGAUGGAGUCAACUGCAUUGCGCAGUCCGCUUUUGGAGCCAGCUGCCAGCAAAGCCCUCAGUGCAGCUCCGCGACCAGCAACUCAGCCUGCAUUGACGGCGUGUGCCAGUGCGAGGCUGGAUUCACCUACGACGGCACAGCCUGCGUGGCUGCCAAGCAAUUCAUCAUGCACAAUAAGAGAAACUAAAUUGCGAAUAAAAUUAAGUUUAAUAAG